CAUACAGACUUUUCCACGCGCCAACAUAUCAGUUCAGAUUUUAGAUAGGUUGUUUCAAUUUGAUAUACCAAAAGCCGUCCGAUUUCGGAUUUGAACCCAAGUUUGCGUGCGAUAAUCUACAAACACUCUUUUAUUUGAAUAUCUUCGAAGAUUAGUUACGAAAGCCUAGUAGAGCCUUAUUUCGCAAAGCUCUCGACGCCGCAUCCAAAGUUCGCAAAACUAUUCAUUAUGCGCACCCAGCCCAAUAUUAUUAUAACCGGUACGCCUGGUGUAGGGAAAACUACACAUUGUGAGCAGUUGGCGGAAAAUACGGGGUUGAAACAUUUGAGUGUUAAUGAUGUGGUUAAAGAGAAGGGAUGUCAUGAGGGAUGGGAUGAUGAGUUGAAGACUUGGAUUGUGGAUGAGGAUAAGGUGAGUUUAGGUUUUCUUUUGGGGGAGGGGCUGUUUUGAAGUGAGCGGGCUCCACGGGAUGAUUUGAGGAUGGAUGGGAAGAAAUUUGGAUUAGGUUCUUCGAGUUUUGGCUAAUGGACUUGGAAUGGGUAGUUACUGGAUGAAAUAGAAGAUGAGGUGAAACAGGGUGGAUAUAUUAUUGAUUGGCAUGCUUGCGAAUUGUUUCCGAAAAGCUGGAUUGAUUUGGUGGUUGUGUUGAGGGUGGAUUCGACGCUGUUGUAUGAUAGGUUGAAGGCGAGGUAUGUUUGUUCCUGAAUUGUGCUGGAGGAGUAUUUCUAGGAAUGUGGCAGGAAUUGAAGAGUGUAAGUAGACAAGCUGACUAUGUUUGAAUUAUAGGAACUACCCAGAAGCGAAACUACAAGAGAAUUUAGACGCGGAAAUUAUGGAAGUUCUACUCGAGGAAGCGAGAGAGAGUUAUGAUGAGGAAAUUGUGGUCGAGCUGCGGAGUGACACAAGUGAUGAGGUUGAGAGCAAUGUGGAGAGGAUUGAGGCGUGGAUAAAACAAUGGAAGAAGGAUCACGCCGAUGAAGAUGAGGAAUGAUUUGCAAGAUGGAAGAACAUUGCUAUUUAGAUGUUCAACUUGACUCUGAACAUCAACGAGUACUGUCUGCUCACUCCUUUCUUUGUCCUUGUCCUUUGUUUGUUGGACCCUAUGCUUCUUCCUGCAGCCAAACCUUCAACUUCUCGAGUGCUCGGAAACGAUGAGAAAUUUUGUUUUUCUCAGCUUUGUCCAUCUCGGCGUAUCUAAAAGGUUAGGGUUAAAACUUCUGUAUAUGGUGGAAUGGGGACAAAAUGGGGAUUGGAAGAGUUCUUACGUUUGGCCUUCAUACUCGAAUAUGGGAUCCCAGCCUAUACAUCAAGAUAUCAGUAAAGGAGUCUACUUAGUGCCGUACAGUGCAACAUACCAAAUGCAGUUGGACCCCUUGGGGGUACAAUCUUGCCCUAAGAAAUGUUAGAGCCAUCCAUUGGCAAACAGGAAUACGGGCAAGCACAUACGUCUGUUCGUCCUUGAAAGAUAA